UUGGCGAUUGACGAACUUUGAUUUCUCUUUAGAACACAUCAAUAAUUAGUAGCUAGCUCUUUCAAGCUUCGUUUAAGCUACUCAUUGUUUCCAUCUUUGUAGUUUUUUACUUCCCUGUAGUAAUAAAGGAGUGAAGCUGACUCGACGUGAAGGUAGAGGAUUUGGAGGUCCGGUCCAUAAUCAACUAAGUCAGAUCUUCUCCUUUGCCCGAUUUGAUCAUACGAUGUCUUUCAUGAAAGAUUUUGAUCACCUUAAAAUUCAAAUGAAAGAUGUAGUAUCAGCCACCAACAACUUUGAUCCCACCAGGGUGAUCGGCUUUGGUGGAUUCGGAAAAGUGUAUAAAGGAGAACUCUCUUCCCCAGAGGGACAAAUCACCUUCGCUUUUAAGCAUUUAGAUCGAAGACUAGGGCAGGGGGACAUAGAGUUUUGGAAGGAAAUCAUGAUGCUUUCCAAAUACAAACAUAAAAAUUUAGUCACCCUUAUGCACUUUUGCAUCGAGGACGAUGAGAUGAUCCUCGUGUAUGAGUAUGCUUCUCGUGGAAGCCUCGAUCGGUAUUUGUCUGAUGCUAGUACUCUCACUUGGACCCAACGCUUGAAGAUAAGUGUCGGGGUUGCACAUGGGCUACAGUUCUUACAUGAUCCUAAGGACUCACAACAAAGAGUUAUUCAUCGAGACAUCAAAAGCGCAAACAUUCUUUUGGAUGACGACUGGACAGCUAAAGUUUCCGAUUUUGGAUUGUCAAAAGUUGGCCCUGCUAACCAAGCGCACACAUAUAUGGUCUCCUAUGGUGUUGGCAUGCCUGGGUAUUGUGAUCCGUUAUAUAUGGAGUUGGGUUUCCUAUCAAAAGAGUCUGACGUGUAUUCUUUUGGAGUUGUGUUGUUUGAAAUUUUGUGUGGGAGAUUAUGCUAUGAGUCUUGUAAUCGUGAGCAGACUAAAAUUUUAGUACCUAAAUGGAGACGAUAUUAUGAUGAAAAAAGAUUAGAUGAGAUUAUUCUUCCUGAUCUAAGAGAACAAAUGGAUCCAGGCUCUUUGGAAUCAUUUUCAGCAAUUGCUUAUCAAUGUGUGAAAAAAGUUCGAGAAGAGCGGCCCACCAUGGCUGAGAUCGUUAAAGAACUUGAGUUUUCACUCGAACAACAGGAGAUUUUUGAAAACGUACCCAUACUUGAAAGCAGCCAUAGUCAAAUGUAUCAAUCACUAGAUGAUGAUCGUCCUCUCAAUAUUAAACCAAGAUUUCAUGACCGGGCCGAUGACGAUUGCUCUCAGUCAACCCCCUUCAGAGAUGAAUUUGAUGAUUCAGAAGGUUCGAAUUUUGUUUCCGAAAUGGAAGAUUUCAAGACCCCAAAUUUGGACAAAGUUACGGAGGCGAGUUCUAGCCAGGACAGUGGCAGUGGAGGACAGCGGCGGUUGUGGGUAAAAGAAAGAUCGAAGACGAUGUGGGAGCAUUACAAUAGCGACGAAUGUCCAGACGAGGAAUUUAAAAAAGUUUUCCGAAUGAGUAAAGUGACGUUUGAUAUGAUCUGUGACGAGUUAGAUUCACAUGUCAGUAAAAAUGACGUCGAUCCCCCUUCGGUUAUUACAGUUCGUCUUCGGGUCGCAGUUUGCUUAUACCGUUUAGCAACUGGUGAUCCUUUGCGAAAAGUAUCAAAUGUAUUUGGGCUAGGUAAAUCUACAUGCCACAAACUAGUCCUUGAAGUAUGUGACGCGAUUGUAACAGUCCUAAUGCCCAAGUUCAUACAAUGGCCCAAUAAGGAACGUCUUGAAGACAUUAAAACUGAAUUCGGGUCAAUCUCAGGCAUACCCGACAUUUGUGGAUCAAUAUACACCACCCACAUCUCCGUAAUCGCACCAAAAACCAACAUGGCUGCAUAUUUUAACAAAAAACACACCGAGCGAUAUCAAAAAAUAUCAUACUCAAUCACGAUCCAAGGUGUGGUUGACUCACGAGGCGUCUUCAUCGAUGUGUGUAUCGGCUACCCUGGCUCAAUGCCCGUUGCCAAAAUAUUGGAAAAAUCAGCUCUUUCGCAAAGAUUCAAUAGUGGUCAAUUAAAAAACAUAUCAAUACUGGGCGGUUCCAACUACCCACUACUAGACUGGCUUUUGGUGCCGCACAACAAUCAAAAUAAAACAUGGAGAGAGCAUUUAAUUAACGAGAAACAUGGUGUGGUACAAAGGAUAGCAAAAGAUGCAUUUAUGAGAUUAAAAGGGAGAUGGGCAUAUUUACAAAAAAGGACAGAAGUCAAGCUUGAAAAAUUGCCAAGGGUUUUAGGGGCAUGUUGUGUUUUGCACAACAUUUGUGAGAUCAACAAUGAGGCCAUGGAUGAGGAUUUAAUUGAAGUUUGAUUUGUUUGACGAUGAGAUUGUCGUUGGGUAAAUGGUAGGUAAAUCCGUAAAUGUAGUGCAACUUACUGAGUUAGAUUAGAGACUUGUUGCAUCAUAGGCAGGGAGGUACUGGCUUUAGAUGAUUAUAGGAAAUGAUUUUUUUUUCAUGCAUGAGAUCAUUAAGAAUGAUAUGUACGUAAUUAUGUAUCACUCUAGGUUUUAAUUUACUUGAUUUGUUUAUUAUCCAUGUAUCCUAGUGUUUAUUUAUAUACACAUUUGUAUAUUGUGAUUAUUUUACGCCCCGUUUGCGGUGUGCAUAUAUAAUGUAUAUAUGUGUAGGUC